AUGUCAACAAACUACCCCGAAUCAGGCGACAAGCGCUCCAACUCCAGGAGCCGAAACUCGCGGCCUACGACGCCUCUCAGACCUACAACACCUCUCAGGCCCUCUUCCAGGUCCUCGUUUCGCGACUCUGCUCGAGGUGCAGGCAAUGGCGACGCACCCUUCCCUUUGAAUACGUUCGAACCGGCUUUUGCCGAACUUUCAGAUGCCAUGGCCGACCUCGAGGCGAACAUGAUGCAUUUCCAGCUUAUGCACGAAAGUUUAGCCCGCUUCAGCGAAUCAUUUGCGAGCUUCAUGUAUGGUCUCAAUAUGAAUGCAUUUUGUGUUGAUUUUCCAGAGGCUCCUGUUCCCGAAUCCUUCGCCCGAGAUAGAUCACGAGACGACCAGGGUGGUGCCGCACACUCUCGAUCAGAAAUAGACGGCGAAACUACAUUCAUGCAAGCCGCGCCUACAUCGUUUGUUGACAACCCUCCACCGUCGGAGAAGCCAGUAAAGAAGACCACAGGUGCAGCUAGUCGCCAAUCGAGGCUGCCUUCUGCCCCAGGGCCAUCCACAAGAGGGCGAGGGAAUGCGCAAGGUCGUGGCCGUGGCCGUACUAGUGGGCUGGUUCGACCGCGGGCUCGUGGUUUAAGAUGA